AUGAGUGAGAAAAUGAAGAGUUUAACUAAGCAAUAUCUUAUUAAAGGUAGUCUUGAAGCGCAGUACUCCACAGAUAUUCAAGAAUGGAUUUCUGUGGAAUUAUUCGAAGCUCGAAUUAAUGAGUUUAAUGAGACGAUAAAGAAAUACUCAGUUGGUUUCUUCCGUUGGAUUUAUGCUUUACUCACAUUUUCAGUGAUAGUUAUAGGCUUGCCGAUAACGCUAAGUAACGUAAACGCGGAAGAGGCGAGAGCAAAAAAAAGCUAUUAUUAUGUUUCUUACUCGUGGUAUUAUUGGCGUAGUUACAUUUUGAUUUCAUUGGCUGUAUAUGUUCUUGUGUUUAAGUGUCAUUGGAUAACGUCUAUUUGGAUUCAAAGGAAGCGAAUGAAAAAACUUGUGAGAAUAUUUGUAGAAGCAAACGCUUCAGAUAACCCUAAUUCUAUUAACUGGGUACUUCAUCACGAAUCAGGGGAAUACUACGUAAAGCUCGAAUUGAAUUCGCCAACAAUAAAAGGCGACAGAAACGCUGAUAUAGAUACCAUAACCAGGAAACAACUUCAUAACGCUGACGUACAGACCAAUCUCGCAUUAACAAAUAUUCAACAUCAAUUGAACCAAGCACCAACAUUUUAUUAUGUGUAG